AUGAGGGUCGAGGAGGAGACGGAGGCCACAGGAGGGCAAGAACAGGCAUCCAGUGGGGUCCAGGAACAUCUCCGAAGCACCUACUGUGUGCCAGGCAUUGUGCUAAGUUCCAGCAACAAGGCUGAGACUGACACCGGCGAUGUCUUGGAGUUUCGAAGUCAGAAUGGUAGGGGGCGCCACUCCAGCUCGGAGCUUGCCCGCCCCUCCACAGCUGCCCCAGCGCGGACGCCGCAGUCCCCGCCGACAGGGGGCGCGGCGCAUGACAUCGAGCUGGUGGAUCCUCGGGGUCGGACCCCCCUGGAGCUGGCCGUGUCCCUGGGGAACUUGGAGUCGGUCCGAGUCCUGCUCCGGCACAAUGCCAACGUGGGCAAGGAGAACCGCCAAGGCUGGGCAGUCCUACAGGAGGCUGUCAGUACUGGGGAUCCUGAGAUAGUCCAGCUGGUGCUGCAGUACCGGGACUACCAGCGGGCCACACAGAGGCUGGCAGGCAUCCCCGAGCUCCUUAACAAGCUCUGCCAGGCACCUGAUUUCUAUGUAGAGAUGAAGUGGGAAUUCACCAGCUGGGUGCCCCUCGUGUCGAAGAUGUGCCCGAGUGAUGUGUACCGCGUGUGGAAGCGUGGCCAGAGUCUGCGUGUGGACACCAGCCUCCUGGGCUUCGAGCAUAUGACCUGGCAGCGGGGCCGGAGGAGCUAUAUCUUCAAAGGCCAGGAGGCCGGCGCCCUGGUGAUGGAGGUGGACCAUGACCAGCAGGUGGUCCGAACAGAGACGCUGGCCUUGGCCCUGCAUGAGCCCGAGGCCCUGCUGGCGGCCAUGCAGCCCAGCGAGGAGCACGUGGCCAGCCGGCUCACCUCGCCCAUCGUGUCCACCCACCUGGAUACCCGCAAUGUUGCCUUCGAGAGGAACAAGUGCGGGAUCUGGGGCUGGCGGUCGGAGAAGAUGGAAGUUGUCAGUGGCUACGAGGCCAAGGUCUACAGCGCCAGCAACGUGGAGCUCGUGACCAGAACUCGAACGGAGCACCUGUCUGACCAGGACAAGGCCAGGAGCAAAGGGGGGAAGACGCCCUUCCAGUCCUUCCUGGGGAUGGCCCAGCAGCACUCGUCCCACAACGGGGCCCCCGUGCAGCAGUCCGCCAGCCCCACCAACCCGACGGCCAUCUCUGCCGAAGAGUACUUUGACCCCAACUUCAGCCUGGAAGCGCGCAACAUCGGCCGCCCCAUCGAGAUGUCCAGCAAAGUGCAGCGGUUCAAGGCCACCCUGUGGCUGAGCGAGGAGCACCCCUUGUCUCUGGGUGACCAGGUGACCCCCAUCAUCGACCUCAUGGCCAUCAGCAACGCCCACUUCGCCAAACUUCGGGACUUCAUCACUUUGCGCCUCCCACCAGGCUUCCCUGUCAAGAUUGAAAUCCCCUUAUUCCACGUGCUCAACGCCCGGAUCACCUUCGGCAACCUGUGUGGCUGUGACGAACCUCUGAGCUCUGUGUGGGUGCCGUCUCCCAGCCCGAGGUCCACCGACUCCAGCUCCCCUGCUGCCGGGAGCCCCUUCCCCUGCGAGGUGGACCCGGCCGUGUUUGAGGUCCCCGAGGGGUACAGCGUGCUGGGCGCCGGCCACAGCGAGCCCCUGAGGGACGAAGAUGACGACCUGCUGCAGUUUGCUAUCCAGCAGAGCCUGCUAGAGGCCGGGACGGAGACCGAGCAGGUGACCAUCUGGGAAGCUCUGACCAACACCCGGCCAGGCCCAGACCUCCACUCUCCCCCGCCUGCCUACGAUGAACAGCUGCAGCUGGAGCGGGCCCUCCAGGAGAGCCUGCUGCCACCUCCAGAGCCGGGGGGCCCCGGGUCCCCUCGCCUGACCCCACCCUCCUUGAGCCCCCCCAGCUUCGACGAGCAGCUCCGCCUGGCCCUAGAACUGUCCUCCCGGGAGCAGGAGGAAAGAGAGAGGAAGGGGCGGCAGGAAGAGGAGGAGCUCCAGCGAAUUCUGCGCCUCUCCCUCACUGACCACUGAACUGCCCACUCCGCGGGGAGAGGACACUGCCCAGGCCAGGCCUCGCUCCUGGCUUUUAUCAUUUACUUAUUUAUAAAUUGCUGACCAGCUUGAGGGGAGGGUCAGGGGUUAGGGGUGGCCAGGAUGGAAAUAAAUUAGAAACCAGCCUGUG